AUGUCGUUUUUUGAUGAACAUGCCCAGCGUUGCCAUCCAUAUUCUCUACUCCCGAGAUGCCUACACAAUCCGCUCCUCGUUCAACUUAUUGACUACGGUGUCACCAUCGAGAUGAUUGACUAUGUCACUCUUCAAACCAUCGAAACCGUUCGUAUUGAUGGCCAGCGAUCAGGAGCAGACCCCUCUCUGCGAAAUUUCAUCCAUCGUCUCGUCGAGCACGUCAAUGUUUCCGUUGGAACUUUGCUCACGACAGUGAUUUACUACGAUCGCAUACGUCCAAAACUAACUGAGGCUAGCGGAGCUCGGGGCGCAAGACAUCGACUAUUCCUUGCCACGCUUAUAGUGGCUUCAAAAUACCUAAACGAUUCCUCGCCUAAAACCCUUCACUGGCAGAAAUAUGCAAACAUCACAACGUUACAAAACGUCAACAUUAUGGAACGCCAGCUUCUAGAACUGCUUGAUUAUAAUCUUCGAUUCAACGAAGAGGAAGCGUGCCGCUACUUUGCACCUUUCAUGGCUCUCCGUGCCCAACGGGCUUCUACUCGGGCGAUUGCCGUGCACAAGGUCUCUAAGGCGAGUAGAGCAAGGGCUCAAGCACAGGCGGAUGCACAGGCUCGAACAAGUCAAACACAGAACGAGCAGCAAUACUCCUCCGAAGUCUCUUCCUUGCAGCCUCUUCCUAGUGAUUCUACUCUUAUGCCACCAGCUCUGGCUUCAGCGGUCAAGGAUAUUGUCAAGAAUCCUCAUCUUACUCGAAACUCUCUUGCCCCUCCUGUCAUGCACUACAGCUUGAGCUCUGAUUCGGCAUCGUCUUCCUCCUCUGACAUAGGAUCACUCAUUGACGAUACAGGGUCUUCGUCAGGUUCUUCUUCGGGAUGGAACACCUCGGAUUCAGAAUCGGACUCGGAGGAAGAGCGAUACAUUGAACCUCGAGUUUACUCAAACUCGUCCUUGGACUCCUACCCUGACCACUACCCCAACUCGAAUCUCUACAGAAGCGGUUUCCUUGUGCGACCUAUUCCUGCAUGCAAGCACAAAGACUCUCAAUUACAAAAUCGCUCCCGCAGACCCUCUGAUACUUCCUCCGUUCGAACUGUCACAGGAAUAACCCCAUCAUUUGACCACUCAUCAACUUCUCGUACCAGGCAUAUCUCAAAGCGAUCUGCCUCGAUCGUUAUUGGUAAUAUCAAUAACCUCAAGGAGAGCCCUUUGUCGUCAAGUAGCACGAUGCCUAGCAUUCCGCGAACUGGGUUGUCUGGGAACUUUUUGAGUCGUAUGUGGGGAGCUGCGAAGGCUCAGGCUGGUUGCCACGACAAAACGGGAGGUGGUGAUUCGGACUCUGAUAUUCAAAUGUCUAGCGCAUUCAGGCGUUUGGUACUCGCACCGUCAAGGUCCGCAAUGUCGAGGACCACGACUACGUCCUCUGUGAAUGUUUGAGCAGGAGUUUCUAUCAUUCACUGCUUCUGCGCAACGCUUCCAUGUUCAUCAAAACUUCAUCAACCCAAUCCUUCAUUCCCUUCCAUCGACACUCUUUCCAAUGAUCAAUAUGGACCUCUUUCAAAUGCUAAACUCGGACUACUGUACACAUUCCCAUCGCCGGAC